AUGAUUCGUUCGCUGUCUGCCCCGAGAGCGGUCGGGACGUCAGGGAGGGGUGCCGUCCGUGUGACGCGUCGCAGGUUUGCGACGGAAACCCCCGCCCAGGCACCAAAGAAAAAGAGACACAUUGUUCGCAAACUCGUAUUCUACACUUCUGCUGCGACCGCGACGUUCUACGUGGGUAGCGCGUUCGUCGCGUUCAAGUAUCCCCCAUACUAUGACGUUUUCGUCGAGAAGGUGCCGCUCGGCUCGGCGGUCAUCCAGUAUGGUGAAGAUCACGACUGGGACACUCUCACCCUUCAGAAAAUCAUAGUCUCGAGCAAGAGUGCUGCGGAAUAUCUGCAGGGGCUCGUCACGGGCUCGCGGGACGGCGUCAGCACGCCCACUGCUCUCGAGAAGGCUAGGGAUGCGUAUGACAAGACGAGGGAAGUCGUCAUCCACACCGCGGGAGCGUCGAAGGAUCGCAUUCAGGACUCCAAGGAUAAACUGCGGUCCGUAGCCGGUUCGCUGAAGACGGGCGUCAAGAAGAACGACGGAGAGGGCUCGAAAGCUGUCGCUGUCGCAAAGCACCAAUCCAUUCAGUUCUCAGAGGGUGUUGAGGAGCUCGUUCGUCGCGCAGAGGCCGCCCUUACGGGCAAGCCAGUCGACACGCUCCCGACAACGACCAUAACACCUGAACACCCGUCCGUGGCAUCCGACAGUGUUCCUCCGCGCGACAAUGACGCGAAGGAAGGCUUGGCCAAGAGCAAUGUGUACGAUAUCCCUCUUCCUCUUGGCUUUGAGCCUCCACCGGGUUUCUCCCGCCCUGCGCCGCCAAAGAAGGCCGCUCCCCCGCCAGAGCCUGUCGAGGAGAAGCCAACCCUGCCUCCUCUGCCGCUUGUUGCGCCUGCUGUAUCUGAGUUCAGUGCGUCGGAACCUAUUAUUUCGCAGCUUGCAUCCGUCAUCGACGACCUCGCUUCGUACCUGAAUGCCAAUCCUGCUGCCGCUGAUAAGGCUCGAGAUAUUCUCGACAGCGCGAAGGUUGAUCUCACCGUCCUCGCGUCUCGCAUUGACCAAGUGAAGGAGGAGGAACGCCAGAAGCUCGAAACCAAGCUGGACGAUCAGACGCGCGAGUAUACGAUCAAGCUGCUCGAGCUGGAGAUGGAGGCACAGGACAAGCUAGACAGUCAAGAGCAAGAUUUCAGGAAGUUCUUUGAGGAGGAGAGAGUGAAAUUCGUGCAAGCCUAUCGGGAGAAGCUCAACCGCGAGCUGCAGACCCAAAGCGAGAUCAUCAACGAGCGCUUGAAGGAAGAGGUCAUUGCGCAAGGCAUUGAGCUUCAGCGCCGGUGGAUCCGCGACAUCAAGGUCCGUGUCGAGCAGGAGCGCGGCGGUCGUUUGGCGAAGCUGGACGAGCUCGCAACGAACUUGAAGCGCCUAGAGCGCAUUGCCCUCGACAACUCAGCCUAUCUUGACGAAAACAUCCGGAUACACGCGCUGUGGUCUGCACUCCGCGCGCUCAACCACAAUGUUGAUGCGUCCGUGCGCAAGCCAUUCCGCGAGGAACUUCGUAUCCUCCGCCAUAUCGCUGCGGCGCGCGAGGAUCCGAUCGUUUCGUCGGUGCUCGAAACCCUCGAGGCAUCGGACGUGCCGGACGUUGGCGUCGAACCGCUCGCAGACCUUGCAACAUGGUUCACGACAUCUGUCGUACCGGCGGUGUCAAGCGUAGCGCUGGUGCCGGACCAGAAUGCUGGUGUCCUUUCUCACCUCGCAUCGCAUCUAGUAUCGACAUUCACUUUCCGGAGACAAGGCCUUGUUCCGGGCUCGGACGUGCUCAGUGUGCUAGCGCGCGCAGAGUACUACCUGAACGAGAAAGAUUUGGACAGCGCUGCUCGUGAGCUCAAUCAGUUGCAGGGGACAGCAAAGGUGCUUCUAUCUGACUGGCUUGCGGCCGCGCGCCGGAGAUUAGAGGUGGUUCAGGUAUUGGAGGUGGUACAGGCUCAGGCUACAUUAGCGUCUCUGGUAGUAGCACAGGACUAG